AUGUCUGACUUUUGGGUUGAGUAUCUCGAUAAUCCAACGUUAUCAGUUCUUCCCCAUGACUAUUUAAAACCGGCAAAUAACAAAUCAGUUGAAGGUAACUUGAGUUUCUCAAUUGCUGAUAAAGUUCCCAACUUCACCACUGGAUUAGCUGUGUUUGCCGCAUUGGUUUACAGAUUGACCGGUGAUGAAGACAUUGUGAUUUCAACUGAUGAGUCCCCAGGGUCACGUGAGUUCAUUAUCAGGUUGAACUUGACACCAGAAUUGAAAUUUAGUGAAUUAGAGCAAAAGGUACGAAAUGAAUUUGACAACAAUGUCAAACAGAUCAAUUAUCAAACAUUGACUGAAGUUUCUGAAAAGAUCAAAAUUGCUAAAAAGUUAGACGACAACCCUGGUCUUUUCAAACUAUCAUAUCAACAUUCAAAUCCUAAGCAACAAUUGAACACCACCGUUCAGGGUUCGGUUCGAGACUUGGCAAUUUACACCAAUGGAACAGAAUAUACCAUUUUCUACAAUGCCUUGUUGUAUUCUCAUGAAAGAAUCAAGAUUUUUACUGAACAGUUUUCCCAUUAUGUUUCCGAAGUUUUGCAAGACCCCAGCGUUAUCAUCACCAAGGUCAAUUUGGUGACCCCAACACAAAAAGCCAACUUACCAGACCCAACCAUCGACUUGGACUGGUCUGGCUAUCGUGGAGCUAUACAGGAUAUUUUCCAAUCAAAUGCCGAGAAGCACCCAGAGAAGACAUGUGUUGUUGAAACGGCUUCCUUUAUGGACCCCAACUCAAAGACAAGAACUUUUAGUUAUAAACAAAUAAACCAGGCAUCAAACAUAGUAGGUAACUAUUUGAAGAACACUGGCAUUAAAAAGGGAGAUAUUGUGAUGAUUUACGCCUACCGUGGAGUGGAUUUGAUGGUUGCAGUGAUGGGGGUCUUGAAAGCAGGAGCAACUUUCUCAGUUAUUGACCCUGCAUAUCCACCAGCAAGACAAAACAUUUACCUUUCAGUUGCUAAACCAAGAGGAUUGAUUGGAUUGGAAAAAGCGGGAACUUUGGAUAAACUAGUUACUGAUUACAUCGAUGACGAAUUGGAUGUUAUCACCUCCAUCCCGCAGUUGAAAAUUAAUGACGAUGGCUCGUUGGUUGGUGGCCAUUUGAAUGGAAAAGACGUUCUUGAAGAAUAUGCCAAGUUUCAGGAUCAGCCCACCGGAGUCCUCGUUGGUCCUGAUUCAAACCCAACAUUGUCUUUCACCUCUGGUUCUGAAGGUGUUCCAAAAGGUGUUCUUGGCCGUCAUUAUUCAUUAGCAUACUACUUUCCUUGGAUGGCAAAAAGAUUCGGAUUGUCUGCAAAUGAUAAAUUUACAAUGUUAUCGGGAAUUGCCCAUGAUCCAAUUCAAAGAGAUAUGUUUACUCCUUUGUUUCUUGGUGCCCAAUUGUUAGUUCCAACGGCAGAUGACAUUGGUACACCAGGAAAAUUAGCUGAAUGGAUGGCAGAGUAUGGCGCAUCAGUGACCCAUUUGACACCAGCUAUGGGUCAAUUGUUGAGCGCAGAAGCAACCACAGCAAUCCCAUCGUUACACCAUGCAUUCUUUGUUGGAGACAUUUUGACCAAGAGAGAUUGCUUGAGAUUGCAAACUUUGGCCGAGAAUGUUUACAUUGUUAAUAUGUAUGGAACUACUGAAACACAAAGAUCGGUUUCUUACUUUGAAAUUGAGAGUAGACGGGCCGACCCCAACUACUUGAAGAAUUUGAAGGAUGUUAUGCCUGCUGGAACUGGUAUGGAAAAUGUUCAGCUUUUAGUGGUAAACAGAAACGAUAGGUCUCAGACAUGUGGUGUGGGUGAAGUUGGGGAGAUUUAUGUUCGUGCAGCAGGGUUAGCAGAAGGUUAUCGCGGAUUACCAGAUUUGAAUGCGGCAAAGUUCAUCACCAACUGGUAUGUUGAUCCAAAUAGGUGGAUCGAAGAAGAUAAGGCCAAGAGUGCCAAUGAACCUUGGAGAAGUGCCGGGUGGCUUGGUCCAAGAGAUAGGAUGUACAGAUCGGGUGAUUUGGGUAGAUACUUGCCUGAUGGUAAUGUUGAGUGUUGUGGAAGAGCCGACGACCAGGUCAAGAUUAGAGGCUUCAGAAUAGAGUUGGGUGAAAUUGAUACCCAUUUGUCUCAGCACCCGUUGGUGAGAGAAAAUGUCACUUUGGUAAGAAGAGAUAAAAAUGAAGAACCUACGCUUAUUUCCUACAUUGUCCCUAAGGAUUCACCUGAGUUGUCUAGUUUCAAGUCCGAGUUUGACGAGGAUGCCAAUGAAGCCAAGGAUCCAAUUGUCAAAGGAUUGGUUGCCUACAGGGAGUUGAUCAAGGACAUCAAAGCUUACUUGAAAAAGAAACUAGCAUCGUACGCAAUUCCCACAAUCAUUGUCCCACUUGUUAAACUCCCAUUGAAUCCAAAUGGUAAAGUUGACAAGCCAAAAUUGCCAUUCCCUGACACCGCUCAACUUGUUGCUGUAUCGAGAUUGAGUACGUCUGCUAAGGACAUCGAGGCUACCGAAAAGGAAGAAUUGUCAGAUUUAGAGCAACAAAUCAAGGAUCUUUGGUUUGAUGUUUUACCAAACAAGCCAUCCAGCAUUAGCAAAUCCGAUUCGUUCUUUGACUUAGGCGGUCAUUCUAUUUUAGGAACAAGAAUGAUUUUCGAAUUGAGAAAAAAGUUAAACGUUGAAAUUCCACUCGGAGUAAUUUUCAAAAACCCCACAGUUGAGCAAUUUGCUAAAGAAGUUGAAAAGGUAAUUAAUGGGAACAAAGAUUUUGAAUUUGCCGGAACCAACAAAGGCGAAGGGACUGAUGACAAGGAUGAUGCCGAGAAGGAAGUUGCUAUAGACUAUGCCCAAGAUGCCAAAAAUUUGUCAUCGGUUGCUUUACAUGCAAAUUACGAUUCCUUGACUACUUUACCAUCGAAAUCUGUCAAUGUCUUUCUCACUGGUGCCACCGGGUUCUUGGGAUCAUUCAUUAUUCGUGAUUUGUUAGAAGCUAGAAGAAGCAAGCUUGAUACAAAGGUUUAUGCCCAUGUUAGAGCCUCGACCAAGGAAGCAGGAUUGGAGAGAAUUCGUCAAACAGGUAUCACUUAUGGUAUCUGGCAAGAGUCUUGGAAAGACCACAUUGAGGUUGUUCUCGGUGAUCUUUCUAAAGAACAUUUUGGCUUGCCUGAAGAGGAAUGGAAGCUGUUAACAAACACAAUUGAUAUUAUUAUCCAUAAUGGUGCAUUUGUUCACUGGGUAUAUCCAUAUUCCCAAUUGCGUGAUGCAAACGUGAUUGGAACUAUCAAUGUGCUCAAUUUAGCUGGUGAAGGUAAACCAAAGAAUUUUGCAUUCGUCUCUUCCACAUCUACCCUUGAUACUGAUUAUUUUGUAAACUUGUCUGACGAGUUAUUAAAACAGGGCAAAGAUGGUAUUCCCGAAUCCGAUGAUUUGGAAGGCUCAUCUAAAGGGCUAGGUAACGGAUACGGCCAGUCGAAAUGGGCGGCUGAGUAUAUUGUUCGUCGUGCAGGAGAACGCGGAUUACGUGGUUGUAUAAUACGACCAGGAUAUGUCACUGGAUUCACCGAAACAGGUGCUUCAAAUACCGACGACUUUUUACUAAGAAUGUUGAAGGGAGCUACCGAGUUGGGCUAUUAUCCUGAUAUUACAAACAACGUCAAUAUGGUGCCAGUUGAUCAUGUUGCUAGAGUUGUUACAGCUACUGCUUUGAACCCUCCUAGUAACGUUGCUUUAACGGUUGCACAAGUUACUGGCCAUCCCAGAAUACAAUUCAACGAGUUCUUGGGAUGUUUGAAAUCAUAUGGGUAUGAUAUCAAUCCAUCAGAUUACCCAGUAUGGACUAGUAAGUUGGAGACAUUUGUCGUUGAUGAACUGAAGGAGAGUGCAUUGUUCCCAUUGUUGCAUUUCGUUUUGGAUAACUUACCCCAGGAUACAAAAGCACCUGAGUUGGAUGAUACCAAUGCCAAAGCAUCAUUGAAGAAGGAUGCUGCUUACACUGGUGUUGAUUUGAGUUCAGGUAAGGGGGUUACUCUUGACCAAAUGGGUGUUUACAUUAGCUAUUUGAUCAAGAUUGGGUUCUUGCCUAAACCUCAAGGAAAAGGUGAAAAGAAAUUAGCUGACGUCGACCUUAGCGAGGAGGCUUUGAAGCUAAUUUCCCAAGGUGCUGGUGGAAGAGGUUCAGCAGCAAAAUAG